AGCAGUGCGUUAUCUCCUGUGCGACUGGGUCAGAAACGGGAUUGCGAGUUUAACGAAAAACCCAGAGGUAGAUUUUCAGUCGAAAUUGUCCGUUGAAUUUCACGGCGGCCUAAACACUGAUACAUCGACCGAGGCCAGGCAGUCUACUGCUUGCAUUUUUAUCGGCAUGCUAACUGACUAGCUAAUGUUGUUAAUAAAUUCAUAACGAUGUGGGUUUAGCUGGUUAGACAUUCUAGCUACAAACAAGCAGUGCCGUUUCCACAGCAGCGGCGAGUGAAAGAGGAGGGGAUGGUUUUACCUGCGGUAUUCUGAAUUAUUUCAUUCAUAAACGUUCAAUUUCUUCUUGUUGGAUACCGGGUUCGUGGAAAAGUACAUGAGUAGUUAUCACUUCUGGUUAGCUCGCCAACUACAUAAGUUGUGUGGUCGGCCAGCUGUACUAAACUAGUUAUACAAAUUGUCCAUAUAGUUCACCAGCUAGCUAACGAUUUUAGCGAAGAAAUCUAAAAUUAAAGGAAGGCACGUCGCUAGCACUCUAAACUAGCGUAAAGCUACUAACCAAUUAGCGUUGCGAGCAGUGCAUUCUCGUGUCGAACGAACAGAGUGUAGGUGCAUUCCAAGUCCACAACAGACAGGUUCCCAUAUCUUUGGACAGUAGCCAUGGACAAAAGUGACACUGUUCAAGAGCAGGAAAAUGGUGACCCUGUCACAGAACUGGUGAAGGAAUCUUUGGCACCACCCUACAGAUAUACUAAGGAGGAACUUUUGGAAAUAAAGCAGUUGCCAUGCUCCAAUGAAAGACCAGUAUGUCUGUUGGAGAAAUAUGACAGUGAUGGUGUGUGGGACCCAGAGAAGUGGCAUGCUUCCCUGUAUCCCAGCUCAGAGAGAAGCUCACCUGUGGAAGGGAUUAAAAAAGAGUAUGCGGAUGACAGGGUAGUUUUGAAACGCAGAAUUGCAGACCCUCGUGAACGGCUGAAGGAGGAUGACCUGGAUGUUGUUCUCAGUCCUCAACGCCGUAGCUUUGGAGGGGGCUGCCAGGGUAGUGUGGCAUCAGUUCUCCCUGCCCGCAGGACUGGCAGCCCCCUUGAAAACAAGGAGAAUGAGACACUGCGUUUGGGUGGGACAAGGCGCAUAGGCAGUGGUCGCAUCAUUGCAGGCCGCGGCUUUGAGAGGGACACGCGCGUUGACAAGGAUGUCCGGGAGAGGGAGCGGGAACGAGACUACAAGGACAAGAGAUUCAGAAGGGAAUUUGGAGAUAAGCGAGUGUUCAGCGAGAGGAGAAGGAAUGACUCUUAUGCUGAAGAGGAGCCAGAGUGGUUUUCAGGAGGGCCCACCAGUCAGUCGGAGACAAUUGAGCUUAUUGGUUUUGAUGAAAAGAUCCUGGAAGAAGACAAACGGCGACCAAAGCGUUCCAGGAAGCGAUCAGAAUCCGUGAGAGAAGCCGUAGAGUGUAAUGGCGGUCUGACAGAGGAACCAGAGCUGGAGAAAAAAACCACGUUGGACCAGGAGGUUCCACACGGCGAUGGGCGUCCAGAGCCAGCUGCUGGGGAGUUUGACUUCAAUGAGUUCUUCAACCUGGAGAAGACCAUGCCUGGCUUGGCAUCAAUGAUUGAGGAUGUGUUGGGUGAGGGACCAGUUUCAGCCAGUCGCUUCAGUCGUUGGUUUUCAAGCAAUGCAAGCCCAUCUGGGAGUCGUUCCAGCAGCCUGCGCUCCACCCCUCAUGAGGAGCUUGAGAGAUUGGCGGGCCUGGACCCAAGCUGUGCUUCCUCUGGUCACACCCUUGCCCCCUACUUCACUCCUAUCCAGUCUGUCGAACGGAAGGAGAAAGUGGACAUCCUUGAGCUGCUGCAUAAAGCAAAGAUUGACCUCAAGCCCUUGCUGUCCAGCUUGUCGGUCAAUAAAGAACGAUUGCGUGAGAGCACUCACUCAGGAGUGGUGCUCUCCCUGGAGGAGGUGGAGGUGGGUCUAAAGGGUCUUAAGGUUCAGGCAGAUCAGCAGCAGUGUGGUGGGGGAACACCCUUCAUGGCAGAACACCUGGAGGAGGCGCUGACUGGGCGGGUCAGUGCAGCCCUCCAACCUCGAGAUGCUGACAUGUCUGCCUUCAACAAGCUUGUCAGCACCAUGAAGGCAAGUGGCACUCUGCCCACCCAACCCAAAGUCAACGCCAACAACCAGCAACCGCUUCCAGACCACCCGCUGGUACUAUUGCCUGAAGCCGAAGUGCCCUCAGCUCAGCAGAAGAACAUCUUGCAGGAAAUCUUAUGUCCCCAGGGCCCACCUCGUGUGAGCUCUCCUCCUCUCCUGGGCAACCUGAUGGGUAGCACUGAUGCUGGUCCUAGCAAACAGAGAGGACCCUCUCCACCGCUGUUCCCCCAGAGGGCGCCAUCGCCUGAAUAUUUUUCUGGGCGCGUGCAGCCUCGGGCCAUGUUCCCUGGUGGCCCUCAGCCCAUGCUGGGAGAGCAGUUUUCAGAGCUGCACAGACCUGCGAGUCCUGGACCAACCCUGCAGCAGAUGAGGGCCCUCUCUUUAGGGGUUGACCAGGCCAUGUUGGAAGCCUUGGCAUUUCAGCAGGACCUCGCUCUUCAUGUGCGCCCGCCCUACCAACCAGGCCUUGACAAGCUCGCCCAGGAAAAGGCCUAUCGAAACAGCAGACAGCCCAGGAUGAACAGGUCACCUGGUCCUGGCAGCCAUCGAGCUGGAAGCAGUUCUCCUGGAAACACGGUCACCAGCAUGCUGUCACCAUCCUUCACGCCAACCUCUGUCAUCCGGAAGAUGUACGAGACCAAGGAGAAGAGUCGUGAUGAGCCCAGUGGUUUCCUGGAUGGCAAAGAGAACAGUAGACGCUCGCUGGACGAAAACAUUAGCUCCCCCAGCUCCUUCUUGGAGGGUGUAGAUGGCAGCAGCUUGCCAGCAGGAGGCAUGAAGAUGGGGUUCCCUCGAUCUACCUGCUCCACCCCUCUUUCUGGCCAGGCCCGGCACUCCAAAGACCCAGAUCGGACUCGGCCAAGCUCCUCCGGCCACCACACCCCCACACUCAUGUCACCUGGCUCUGCUUCUCCUUUCCCCCGGCCCGUCUACCCUGUGCCGUUGCUGUCCCAUGUGCCUUUGGUGCGGCCCCCACCACACCAGCUUCCCCCCAGUGUGGUGCAGCGGAUGAUAGCCCAAGGCAUCCAACCCCAACAGUUGCCCCCUGCCCUUUUGCAGGCAGGCAUGUUUCCACCCGGUGUGGACCUCUCCCAGUUACAAGGGCUGCCCCCUGCCCUGCUAGGGCAGGCUUUCUACCCGAUUGGGGCUGCAGGACACCCUCUUCUGCCCCCCCGCGCUGGCGCUCCCAUGCAGUUUACAGUUAUGCAACAGCAACUGCAACAGAGACCAGUGGCACAGACGUCUGUCCCUGGCUCUCACUUGGCCAGCACACUGUCACAGAGCCACGGCCCCCACCGGACAGGCCACCCUCAGAGGCGCGGUGGCAGCCCCCCAAUGGGCCUAUCAAAGUGGUUUGGCUCAGAUGUCUUGCAGCAGCCCCUACCCUCCAUGCCAGCCAAGGUUAUCAGUGUGGAUGAACUUGAGUUCCGUCAAUGAGGCACCGACAUGAUGCAAAGCAGGACACAGGCUGCUUUUUUUUUUCUUUGGUUUUUUUUUUUUUUUUUUUUUUUUUCUUUCGGUGCAACAAAGUGAAUUUUGUUUUGUAUAACAGAUGUACAGAUUGUGGAGCACUUUGUCUGUUUCCGUUCUUCGUCUUAUACCCGGAGGAGUUGUUGGCAGGUAGUUUGGAUUGGUCUACAAAAUUUAGAAGAAAAAAAGGAAAGACAAGUGCUUGGAAGCCUUUUUUUAAAUAUACAUUUCUUUUACCCCUUUGGGGUUGCAUAGUUUUGUAUUGGAAGUGUGUGUGGGUGGGUUUUUGUAAUAUGAAGAAAAUGAUGUAUGAGCCCAAUUUGUACAGACUGUGGGUUUUUUUUUCUUUCAUCUUGUACAUAGAAAUGCUUAUUUUUUUCCUCUGUUGGAAAUGCCAUCCUGCUGUUAAGAUGGAGUACUACUUGGGACAAUGGAGUAGAACAGCCAAGUAAGAGUGGAGACUUGGUUCAGUCCUGUCAUGCUUAGCUAUAUUUUUGCUCCUGAUGGAUUUGAUUUGCUGCUCUGAGCAAGAUGGUGCUCGUCAUUGACUUAGUGAUUCAUUGGAGAGCGGAAAUGUCCUGUGAGAAUUUUUUAUUUAACUUGCAGCCUGUUCCCCCAACAUAAGGUGUUAUCCUUUCGCUUCUGUUCACCCCCAUCAAAUGUCUUUCUUAGAAGGCGACUCUUUGGCGAUUCCAGCCUGUUAUGAUAGGACCACCUCCAGCCUGUGACUGAUUUGAGAGGUUGAGUGGACAGGAUGAGGAUCUCCAUAUAGCCCUUACCUUUUCAGAAGCAGUUUGUACUGAAAUUUUUUUUUUUUUGUACUCUGAGCAGUGAUGUGGUUGUGCCUUUCUCUGUGGCUGUUUUUUGCUUCCCUCCCUGCUCCCCACAGUCACUGGAAGAGAAGUGCUGCUCUAGAUCACAUCAAUUUUUUGGGGGGUGGUAGAUUAAAUUUGUUUAAAGUAUAUACUAUGUGCUAUAGCAUAAAAAGGCACAAAUAGAAUUGAUAAAUAAAUAAAAAUGUUCAAUAAAAAUCACUCAUAAAA